AGCUGCCCAUGCAAACUGCAUAAGGAAGGAUAGUUGUGAAACAAGCUGCUGAUGCUGGAAAAGAAGUUCUGACCUUUUCUUAUUUUGUCGUGUGACAAUAGCUGUCUUUAUCAUCGUGGUAUUUGCUGUACAUCAGUAAGAGGGAUCGAGUUUGUUCCAGCGGGAAGAAAUGAGUUCGAUCAGACAGGAAGGUAAAGACAGAAUCAUCUUUGUCACCAAAGAGGAUCAUGCAACACCCAGCAGUGCUGAGCUUGUAGAGGAGGAUCCUAAUGACCCAUAUGAGGAGCGAGGUUUGAUUCUCCCAAGUGGGGAAAUAAAUUGGAAUUGCCCCUGCUUGGGUGGGAUGGCCAGUGGUCCCUGUGGGACAGAAUUUAAGGACGCCUUUUCUUGUUUUCACUACAGUAAGGAGGAGGUGAAGGGCUCUGAUUGUUUGGAACAGUUCAGGUCUAUGCAGGAGUGCAUGCAACGUUACCCAGAGCUCUACCCACAGGAAGAUGAGAAGGAGCCGAAAGAGAACUCAUCAGAAACACUUGAGACAUCACAAGACUCUGUACCCGCUGAAACAUCAGAUGCAAACUCUGCACCGGACACUGAAAAAGACUCCACCACCACACAGUCCAACACAGACGACGCAGUAGAAAGCUAAUAGUAGGCUCUGUCGGCAAUGUUAGCAACAAGGUUUGAAGUCCAAUUGAAAUUUAAUUUCAUCAUUUGUUGAUACAGUGAAUAACCAAGACUUAUUUUUUUUUUUUUACAAAUUAACUGUCAGUGUGUAUUAUUUAUUUGAAGAAAUAUUUGUAAAAUGUGUUCAUUUCGCUCCCCAUGUUGUCUGCAGAGGACUCAGACAAAGAAGACAUGUUUUUAAUUGUGCACUUCACCUCUUUGUUUAUUUGGUCGACUAAUCAAUGAGAUUGGGUGUAGACAAGAUUUUAGGUAAUGUUUCUGAAAGCAAUAAGCAGGAAAGUUAACAUUGUUGUUCUCUAAAAAAAGCUACAUUAUUUCAUUGCAAUCAUGAACUAAAGAUAAAAUUAAACUAAAUGUUGAAUUGAAAUUGUUCUUAAAGGUACAUGGCAAUUAAUGUGGUAAGUCCUCUGUGUUGUACAAGAUACAAAGAUGGCACUUGAUUUUAGCUGGACUUUAAUCCAUCUGUAGUGAAUAAGAUUUUAUAGAUUAUGCUGUAAAACUAAUAUAAUGUGAUCAAAACAAAUAAAUGCCUCUGGAGAGUUUAAAUUCAAUACUGCCUUCCAAUCUGGGCAAAAAGCUUUUGCUACACACUGAGUUGUGUAAAGUUUGUGACGUUUUCACCUGGGGAUUGACCAUGAAAACAUUUUCAGUUAAUGCUCAUUUAUUUUUACAACAAAACUAUUGUGUCUGUGUAAUAGUAUGAUAAUGUUCAAUAAGGGCAUUUUACACACCUAAUAUGUUUAUCUUUUUUAUUAAACUCUGAGUUUAUUUUGACUACAUUGCCAAUUAAACAUCAAAUUCUCAGAUUUGUGAAGAAUGUGCAGAAAGUUCAACCCUGUAUCUUGUUUAUGUAGGAUCCCAAACAAUGUGUGUCCAUAGUACCUUCUGCCCUUUGUGACGUUAUUUCUCCUGCUAACUUAUUACCAGACUUUUUACAGAUUUACCUCAGCUGACCUGUGAGGAUCCAUUCAUUUGCAUCACAGGACUGGUGAACUGACCUAA